CAGUGGCGAGGAAAAACUCCCUUUUAGGAAGAAACCUGGGACAGACCCAGGCUCUUGGUAGCCGGUGUCUGAUGGGCCGGUUGGGGUUGAAAUUAAGAGUGGCAGUUACAGUCACAGUAAAAGAUAAUGGAACAGUGACUUAAAAAAUAUAGUAGUUUGUAGUAGUUCAUGGCAUAGCAGGGCACUGUGCGGCAUUAAGGCACAGCAGAGCGUAGCAGGAUGUAACAGAGCAUCACAGGGUGUGUAGCAGCAGCACGGCGACUGCUUCAACCAUGGUUUCGAGCCUCCCUGAUAGCUGGGGGAAAAAGAACAUAAGGACUCCGGGGACUGACUCAACUGACUUUUCCACCAUGAGGUUGAUGUGUGGUUUUGAGUGAAAUGAUAACAAUUGGAUGUACUACAAAAAAAUGGUGCCAUUCAUGUUCCCCUAAAUUACUUUGGGGAUCUCUUCACUUUUCCUCCUCCACCAUCAUCAGUGCAAAACAAUACUUUGGUCUAUGACCAAUUCCCCCAGCAUCAGCUACACUUUGUGUUUAGUGCAUAUUUUCAAAUGUUAGCGAGCUAACAUGCCGAACUAAGUUGCUGAACAUGGUUAACAUGCAACCUGAUAAACAUCAGCAUGCUAGCAUUGUCAUUGUGAGCAUGCUGGCAUGCUGGAGAACUGCUGACUUUUCAAACAUUGCACACACCACCCACUUGGCACCGACAUUAGCCAAAUGAUGAGAUUACUCGUAAAUCCUGUUUGACUGAGACAUACUGUUUUCUGAUUUGGAAUUAAAAUGAGUCACUAACUAAACUGUCUUGAUAACACAGUACUGCAGUUAGCGUAACAUACAACAACAUGGAAAGGAUUAUCUGACACUCCUAUUACAUGACUUGCACUGCAGUCAGUGGAUGAUGAAGUACCAUUGCUAGAGAUUUGUGGGGUUCAAGAGCUGCCACUUUACGAUAAUUUACUCUGUUGUGGCCAAUUAGUGGAUGACCUUUAGUUUCCAUUCAGUCAGUUACAUCACUGGUUAAGAGCUGGAGAAGACCAGAAUUGACCCUAAGUGGGAGGGACAGGAAUCUUUCCCUGAAUUAGACUGCAAAGCACUGGCAUCAGUAAGAAACAAGUAAGUAUUUUUAUUUUAAUUGAGUACAGCUUUCUGUGAUUAACGGUAACCUGACUCCUUGCCCUGUAAAUGUCACCCAUCAACAUCUAGAAAAUGGUUCAAAGUUUUUGUAAAGGAAGAGUGAAAUACAUUUCCCUUCAUUCUCUAGCUAAUCUGUUUUUGCAACAUGUCUAAUUGCAGGUUAAACUCCAUUUAUGCUGUAAAAUCCCACUCAGAAUUUGAUAACCUAAACACAACCACCAUCCUUUUACAGCAGAAGAAAAGCUUCAACAACACUGUAUUUUCGCUCAUAGAAAAGUACUUCUUAUGUUAUUGACAUUCAGUUUCAGGUUGAGGUUUAACUUUAUUGAAGUCUUGUUAUUUUCAUUGAGACGAUUUAUUGUAGCGAGUACUGUAAGUCCUCAGCAGAGCACUCUGCAGAUCUGUCGUGACUGCUGCAUGCUACUCUGGUUUUGCAUUCCCAAAAACAUUAACUGUAAACUUGUGUGUUGUGGCCGUGUUUUUAAAAAAAAAUUUUUUUUACAGCUGUGCUGUAAUUAUGCAUUCUUGAAAAGCCAAUUAAAUUUCACAGAUGUCAAAAAAAUGCUGUCCUUUGGUUUGGUCUAAAUCUCAGAGCAAACAGAUGUAAGCAGAGAAGGAAAAUACAGUAUUCAUCAGUACACACAGGGUAAUGUUAAUAAUAAACCUUUGUGCCAUAGGGGAAGACUUGUAGUUUGGCAGUCUAACAUAAUGAUGAGUGCAUCAUCACAAAUCACUCUACAAAUUACAAUUUAUUAUACAUGUCAAUUUUAUAUGGACUGCAUUGACAUAGCGCUUUUAUACAAAGCCUUUCCAAUGUGCCUCUCAUUCACCCAAUUAUGCACGUGUUUACUUAUUUUUGAUCAGAUAGAGCAGUCAGUUGUUGAGCUGUUUGACGGCAAGGUAAAACAGUGCAAAUAUUCUGAAUAAAGCAUACACGUAUAGAUAGACAGAUAUUUGCUUUUUUUAGGUGUUUCUUUUUGUGUGUGGCUAAAAUACAUUUUGCUGAUGCUGCAGCAGAACAUUUCUCCGCUUCCAUGUUGAGACUUAUGUAUGCUUCUCCAAACUGGGGGCCUGCUAACCACCAUCUACUGUAGGUAAUACAUUGACUAUGGGGAACUACCUCAUACAAACCAACUUCAAAAGACCAAACUAUCCAUUUAAAGGGCCUACAAACAUGUAUACCAAGAUUAAAUGUGAAAAUGUAAAACUGUCAAGCUUUUAGAAAAACACUUUCCCUAAGUAAAAACCACUAGUUAAAGACAGUAUAUGGCGUUCAUGCAGAAGACUUGAACAGUAAAAAGUGGUGAGUUCACGUGCAGCAGAGACCUCUGGGUGAUUCUGACCUGUAGGACAGUGAAGGUGAAGGUGAACGAGUACAUGGCCAAACUGUGAUUGGAGAGCCUCUUCUGCUAAUUGGCCAAUUAGGGACAGGGUGGGCCUCUAAAAAUUGUACUUAAGCUGUGUGGAGAUGUCCGUCAGCCUGCGCGCAAGUGUACGCAAGUGCACACACGCACACGCACACACACACACACACACACACACACACACACACACACACACACACACAACAAAACAAAAAUGUUCAGUCACUCAGUCAGUCAGUUCAGAGCAGGUCCGGCCACAACAGCAAACCUCCUAAUGGCUCUAUGGACAGCGGCAUCCCUUUACCUGGGUUUCUUUCUGGGAGUAAACUGCUGGCAUGAUCUGGACAACACAGAAUAUGACUGUUGGCCGAUCAACAGUCCAAAUGAUUACAACAUGAUUAGCUGUGGUGGUUUGGAAAUGGCUUGGGUGCAGCGUCCUCCAGAGAAAGUAACUAAUGGGGAAGAGUUCAAUGUCUCGUACACAGUGACAGCCUCAGAUUCCUUCUACGAUUACGCAAUCAGGAACAAGAUUUUCCUGUUCAGUAAUGCCUCAGAGGCAAAGAGGUUCUGUUAUGAACACGAGUGCCCGGCCAACUGGAACAACGCCAAUGAUUUUAAUUGCUGCGUGUAUCAUGCCAACAUCCACUCCUGCCCUCUUGGUCUUAUGAAACAAGGCGGCAUCUGUGGCCCGUGGAUUCCUGACGAUGGUAAAAUAGUGACUCACACUGUCUCCAAAGCAGGCAAGAUGUCCCAGAAAUACUGGACUUCAAAGGUGGUGCUGAUCCAUGUGGGAGUCACCUCAGUCAUUGCUCACAUCAAAAUAGGACACAUGCACGCUGCACUGGAGUCCAAAGUGCUCGUUGUCAGUGCUCAAGUGUGCGGGGAUGACGUCUGUGAGCCGGAGGAGAGCUGUCUGAACUGUCCUGCAGACUGUGGCAUCUGCCCAAUGUCCAUCACAAUCAAGGUGGCCAUCGGGCUUCCAGUUGCUCUCUUUAGCAGCGGCUUCAUCCUUACUAUGGUGUGGCUCCAGUACCAGAAACAGAGGAUGCUUUGGGAUGAAAGCUGGAUCAUCAACUACAAAAGCAUAAUAUUUGGCAGAGUGUGCUGCAAGGACCUCGGCAGCACCAUGAGCCUGCAGCAAGCCAGGAGUAACUCAAGUAUCAGUCGAACUACCGAUGUGACUGUGUGUACCGGAUUCAACUCCUCCUUCAAACAAGGCUUCAUCCAGCCAGGCAUCUACGAUGCAAGGACUGUGGCAGUGAAGCACAUCCAGAAUAAACAUUUCACACUCUCUAAAACCAUCAGAAGAGAGGUGAAAGAAGUUAGGCAACUGGACCACCCCAAUCUAUGUAAGUUCAUUGGUGGUUCCAUCGAGGUCCCCUAUGUCAGCAUCAUCACAGAGCACUGCCCCAAAGGAAGUCUGUCAGGUGUCCUGCUGAGUGACGACAUCCCCAUCAACUGGGGCUUCAGACUGUCCUUUGCCUCUGACAUUGCCCGCGGGAUGUCUUACCUCCACCAGCACAAGAUGUUUCAUGGGAGACUUCACUCCAGAAACUGUGUUAUUGAUGACCGCUGGGUGUGCAAAAUCUCAGAUUUUGGCCUCACAGCCUACAGACGGGAGGACCUUGAGACCGUCAGUAAUGGCUUCAAUUGUGGAGAUGUAAAUCGUGUAUACUGUGCCCCAGAGGUCCUGCUGGGAAGCAGCUCCAACAUGACGGCAGCAGCUGAUGUCUACAGCUACUCCAUUAUUUUGGUUGAGAUUGCAACUCGCUCUGACCUCCUUUUAGACCAGGUUGAGGGAGUGAGGAUGGAUAUCAUGUGGCGCCCCCCACUGCCUGAAAUUAAAGCAGGGAAGGCAGACACUGACUGUCCCAGUCAAGCAGACUACUGUGAGCUUAUUAAGAAGUGCUGGUGUCAUAACGUCACCUUGAGGCCCACGUUUGAGCAGGUGAAGAAGAUGCUCGACAAAAUGAACCCACACAAAGCCAGCCCUGUGGACAUGAUGAUGAACCUGGUAUGUUACCAAAACCGGUGGCUGAUGACCUUCGUCAAGGUCGAACAUCAGAGGCUCAGAGCUACUCCAACGCCACUGUCUACUUCAGCGAUAUUGUUGGCUUUACUCAGCUGUCUGGUGCCAGCACUCCCCACCAGGUUGUGAACUUCCUCAAUCAGCUCUACACCACCUUUGAUGACAUUAUCGACAUUUACGAUGUCUACAAAGUGGAGACAAUAGGCGAUGCUUACAUGGUGGUGUCUGGGGUCCCUCAAGAAAAUGGCAUCAAUCAUGCUGGAGAGAUAGCCAGCAUGGCCCUUGAUCUAGUCAGUGUCUGUCACACUUUCAAGAUCCCUCACAAACCCAACACACAGCUAAAGAUACGUGCCGGCAUUCACUCAGGUCCUGUUGUGGCCGGUGUGGUUGGCACCAAAAUGCCUCGCUACUGCUUGUUUGGGGACACUGUCAACACGGCAUCACGCAUGGAAUCAACAAGUGAAGCGUUGAAGAUCCAGGUGAGUGGUGCCACAGCUGACCUGCUUCACACACUCAGAGGUUAUGUCCUAACAUGCAGAGGGACACUUUUUGUGAAGGGAAAAGGAGAGAUGACAACAUGGUGGCUUGAUGCAAAGAGAGGUGAUUACUCAGAUCCAUUGCUCAUAACAACUGAAUCCAGACUCCCAGUGCCAGUGAGUGACUAGAUCUGGGGGUAGAGCCCAAAAUGCGACGAUUACUGUAUGAAAACUGGCCAUGCUUUGUGUUGUUCAAUUGAAUUCUGUCCAGUGAGCAAUAUUGCAGUUAAAUGUAUACAAUGAUAGAAUCAACUUGUAGUUGAUCAUGAAUUUAAAGGUCAAACUGCACUGUAAAUCUAAUAGAUGUUACCAGUCAAGUGUUCAGAAUUGUUUGUUCAUUAGCAUAGUAUCAUUGUUGUGACCAGAAGUGAUGAAGACAAGUACUCUGAUAAUAAUUUGAAAUGCACAAAAGCUACAAGGAGUUGCAGGAUAUAGCCAUGUUUUAUUUUUUCCACUAGUUGGGGAAGAGUGUAAAAAAUAUGCAGAGAAACAUGCCAGAAUUGAGAAAAAGCCUUAUGUAUGUGUGUAUAUAUAUGUAUAUAUAUAUAUAUAUAUAUAUAUAUAUAUAUAUAUAUAUAUAUAUAUAUAUAUAUAAUGUUUAAAAAAAUA